CCGGAUUUUUGCUAUCUUCUUCCUCCUUCGAUUACGUCGGUUGAUCUUUCGUCAAUGAUUGGCUUCCUAGCGAUUGCUAUUUUUGCGGCCUCGUCUUCUUAAUCAUCUCCGAGUUUCAAAAAAUGGAGCACCACGCGAUGGUGAUUGCUUUUGUAAUCGUCGGAAAUCUCCUCCUUCCCGUAGUGUUCAACGAAGUCGAAGGGACUCAGAUUCUGUCGAAAUCAAAGCUCGAAAAGUGUGAGAAAACAUCCGAUUCAGGAAAUCUCAAUUGCACAACUAAAAUCAUUUUGAACCUCGCUGUUCCCAGCGGAUCCAGCGGAGGAGAGGCUUCGAUUGUAGCGGAAAUCGUCGAAGUGGAAGAUAAUUCGAGUAGUAAUAUGCAGACCGUACGGAUCCCACCGGUCAUAACAGUGAACAAAUCAGCAGCUUAUGCUCUCUAUGAUCUUACUUACAUUAGGGAUGUGCCUUACAAGCCACAAGAGUUUCACGUUACGACUCGAAAGUGUGAGCCUGAUGCUGGACCAGAUAUUGUAGAAAUAUGCGAGAGGUUACGAGAUGAAAAAGGUAACGUUCUUGAACAGACACAGCCAGUGUGUUGUCCAUGUGGACCGCAGAGAAGAAUGCCUUCAUCUUGUGGAGAUAUAUUUGAGAAGAUGAUCAAAGGUAAAGCAAACACUGCGCAUUGCCUUCGUUUUCCAGGUGACUGGUUCCAUGUUUUUGGAAUUGGGAAACGGUCACUAGGGUUUAGUGUUCGAGUUGAGUUGAAGACAGGAACUAGAGUUUCAGAAGUGAUCAUUGGUCCUGAAAACAGGACAGCUACUGCAAAUGAUAAUUUUCUCAAGGCUAAUCUCAUAGGAGACUUUGCUGGUUACACAAACAUUCCUUCUUUCGAGGACUUCUAUCUUGUAAUCCCAAGAGAGGGGGCUGCAGAGGGACAACCAGUGAACUUAGGUGGAAACUACUCAAUGUGGAUGCUUCUUGAGAGAGUGAGAUUCACAUUGGAUGGUCUAGAAUGUAACAAAAUUGGUGUUGGCUAUGAAGCUUUCAACAGCCAACCAGAUUUCUGCUCUGCACCAUAUUGGAGUUGCUUGCAUAAUCAACUAUGGAACUUCCGCGAGGCAGAUGCUAACCGGAUGAACCGGCACCAACUUCCUCUAUAUGGACUGGAAGGAAGAUUUGAGAGGAUCAAUCAACAUCCAAACACGGGGCCUCGCUCGUUCUCAAUUGGAGUUACAGAAACACUCAACACAAAUCUAUUGAUAGAACUAAGAGCUGAUGAUAUUGAAUACGUUUUCCAGAGGAGCCCUGGUAAGAUCCUAAACAUAGCUAUACCGACUUUCGAGGCACUUACACAAUUUGGAGUUGCUGCAGUCACAACCAAGAAUACUGGUGAAGUAGAAGCAUCUUAUAGCUUAACGUUCGAUUGCUCCAAAGGUGUGGCUUUCGUUGAGGAGCAAUUCUUUAUUAUAAAACCAAAGGAGGUUACAACUCGAUCUUUUAAGUUGUACCCUACUAAAGACCAGGCUGCAAAAUAUAUAUGCACAGCUAUACUUAAGGAUUCUCAGUUCAACGAGGUAGACAGAGCCGAGUGUCAAUUCAGCACGACAGCUACCGUUCUCGACAAUGGAACUCAGGUUACUAAUCCAUUUCAAAUUCCAGAAACUCAUCCUAAAGGUUUCUUUGAAUCGAUUAGGAUGUUGUGGACUAAACUCGUGAAUGGUUUAAUCGAUUUCAUCACCGGAGACACUUGCAGAAACAAAUGCUCGAGUUUCUUUGACUUCAGCUGUCACAUUCAGUACGUUUGCUUAAGCUGGAUGGUUAUGUUCGGUCUCCUCCUAGCUCUCUUCCCAACUACUUGUGUUCUUCUCUGGCUCUUGCACCAAAAGGGACUCUUUGAUCCAUUCUACGAUUGGUACGAAGACCAUUUUGACUCAGACCACCAUAGGUUAUUACAUACCAGAGAAACCGCCGGAAACCGCCAUCAUCAUCGUCACCAUCACCAUCACCAACUUCGUCAUGGUGUCAAAACGCAUAAUCAACAUCGCAGACACAAACACCAUCGUCAUGGGCAAGAACAAGAAGACGUGUUGCAGAAGAUGAUUGGACGAGACCACAAUGAUUCUCAUUAUUACCACCAACUUCACCGAGUCCAUAAAGAUGGCAAGCAGAAGCAGCGUCGGCGUAGCAAGCACGGGAUCGUCGUUCCACGUGAUGUGCACGUGGACAGGCGGAGAAGAGAGAGGCUACGUGAGGGUUAAAUAAAAGGGAGGUUUUAAACGAUGGCUUUGCUUAGACGUAAAGCUAGAAAAUCACUAUGUAGAAGAAGCAUC